AUGUUUAUGUGCGGUUCUUUUUUUUCCAUAUCGAAACGCUCCGAAAUUGCGCAACUUGAUUUCGAAAUUUCUCUGGAUGAAUUGGUUUCGUCCAUCGUGUGCACGUCUCCGUAUCAGUUGAGUCCCAUAUCAUUAAGACCGGAUGUUCGGGCUAGCCGAAGUCAGCAUGGUCCCUUCCAAAAUAAAAUAUCGAAGUUGGUAGAGAAGCUUUCAAAUGAACGAGAAAUCGUUGACCUGGAAAAUGUGACGGGAAAGAUGCUCUUUAAUUCAAUGGACACUUUCUUCUCUUAUGGGCUAUUAUCCGGUGACAAAGUUUACUGGCGCUUUGUCAGUGAAUUCCUUCCAAAAACCCAACAGAAUCUUUUGCGAGCCGAAUGGGGAGAUAUCGAUAAUAGGCGUCUUUCAAUUGCUUGGCUCAAAGACGCUUUUAAUAAAGGAACACUUCAUUUUCAAAUGCUUGCUUUUCGAAAUAACAGGAAAAUUAUUGGGCGUUUUUAUCACCGCAAUGCGUGUAUGAACAAUGGAGGUAUGCUAGAAGCAGUCACCGACAUGAUUGUUAGCCUUGUGAACGUGCAGUUUGCUUUUUAUUCAACGGUAAAUCUUCGAGCGGAGCCUCAAGCUGUCAUUGUCGUACCUCCAGUGACAACGGUUAUAAAGGAACGAGCUAAAAGAAGAAAAAGAGCAGAAAGUGAACGAAAUCUACCACCAGUCGUUGCUGACACCCUGCCGCCUCCUCUUCAAGUUACAGCUAUUCCUUCACCAAAAGAUCAAGAACUUAUUCUUGACGAAUUAGUCCGGAACCGAAGGUCCCGUAUUGAAAGCCUCAUGGAGUCAAACAGUGUUGAUAAAAGCGAAGAAAAUCCUGAUUCUGGAUUGAACACAAGCGAGAACUCCACAGAGCAGCCAGUAAGAAAUGAAGCUUUCGAUGAGGUGCUGCGUAAGACACUUUCUCAAGUGAGAAUGGAGAAUUUCGGCGACGAAGCGAAAUCCUUCGAUAGCCUGCUGCAUUAUGAUGAAAUACAGCAGGAGAAGAGUCACGAAGAGGACGUCCUAGUUGAAGGAGAAGUAAUGUUACACUCUGGUGAUAUCCUCAAACUGGCCAUGAAUGUAUACGUGGAUGAAGGUGAACGAUUGUUACGAAUGUAUCAUGUUUAUCAGCGACUCGCCGCUGGAACGCCUCAACAGAGAUUGCUUGCUGUUACUGACCACAAUAUUUAUGUAAUCUCACAAAAUAUUGUGCUGGAAGAUUCUGCGCAACCGGGGGCAUUUGAAGAAGGCGGACAUCAUAAUAUUUUCUAUGAAGUGCACGUCGUCAUUCCGCUCUCAUCGGUGGAUUACAUAGGAGUGUCAAGAGAUGCUCAAGUCCUCAUACUAUAUGCUAAAAGUGGUCUGCCGUUUCGGGUCAUGAAUGAGGCGGAGAAAAUUAAGGACAAGACGUGCGCGAUAGCAACUGGAGAUGUCCAAUUGGGAAAUGCAAUUGUGAAGACUAUUACUUCGGCUGCCGAAAGCGGGAACCAAGAGCCGCCCGCUGUUUUCACAGAAAGCACCCCAUAUUCGUUAAUAAUCAAAAGAUACCUUACCAAAGAGCUGAAUGGCUCGCCUCAUAUUGAGUUGCAUCACUUUGCCUUGGUUUACUGGAAAGAGGCUUCGGCAUUGCCUGAGAAACAGCAUGCAGAAAGCGUAGGGUACCUUUACAGAAGGAUGGCGCAUCCUAACUGGUGGAGAAGACCUCCAGCCGAAUGGGUGCAAAGCUAUUUUGUGUUGAAAGGCACCAAAAUGUACGUUUUCACUGAUUCGACUUGCAAAGAAGGAGAGAUGAUCAUCAAUUUGUGUGAAUGCAGUGAAGCAUUAGAACUAGAUGCGAAAAAAGAUUGUCAGUGGGGAUUCGAGCUGGUACUACCAGACGGAAACCUGCAAUUGCAGUGUCCCAGCAAGGAUGAAAUGCACAAAUGGAUGCGAUUGGUAAACGAAGCUUUAAAUUCCCAGAAUGAUGACGAUGCGACGGCUUGUAUGGUUAUGGUGACAGACUCUCAAAUUGUAGUCGCUCAGGAAGGAGAGAAGUGCUUCACUGAUGGAUUUAUUCGAACAUUGGUUUCAUUUCCACUAACCGAGAUUCGAUCAGGUUGGAUUAUACGUACAGAGACGCACAUGUCUCUAGUGCUUCGUGUGGACGCAAUGUAUCAGUGGUACUUCUUCCGGUCGGAGGCUGAACUAGAUCGUAUGGUUAAAACACUCUCAAUUUAUCCUAUUUCCUUAUCGGAACUCGGACAGCAUAGCGAGGAUAAAGCGACCGCAUUCAUUUUGAAUCAGUGCCGACGCAUGCCAGAUCUCUGGCACAAAGCCGUAUUUGCGACUGAAGGAUUUGAGUCUGACCCUUAG